AUGGAGCUUCGUCGGAUAGCUCGAGAGCCCAUCGCUGCCGUGCUGCGACCGACAGCGAUCAUCCACCCAUCGAGGCCCAUUGUGCAGUCCUCCGCCGUCACACCCCCCAUCGCGCGCCGCCCACUUUCACACCGCAGCAGUCCGCCGGCACCAAGGGCAGGUUCGCAGCAUGCACGCAUCCAGCAGAUCCGCCAGCUGGCCACUGCGAGCACGCAGCCCCCGCCAAAGCCAUACACAGCUCCGGAUCUGAACAAGAUCCACCGCCGCGUACAGGAACUCUCGUCGUCGGUACUCCAACCCGGACCCGGCACACUACCCGCCGAGGAACGAGUCCUGUAUACAUUGGAGCAGCUGGAAUACCUGGCCAAGGUCGUCUUGGAGGAGCGAGGUGCCGAUAGCAAUCCACGAGCCCACGCAAAGGAGCAGAAGGAGACGGCGACAUCAGCACUGCUGGGCAGCGUCAACGCGAGAUCAUACCCUGCUGUUAUCAGCAAGGCAAGCAUCUUGAACGUGAUCAGCGAGAGUGCCGAGCAGAUAGCUCGCGAUCCCAAUGUCUUCGUGACACCCGCCAUCCUCGAGGCAUAUGUACAGCUUCAGAGCUUGCUUCACCAGCCUUCGUCGUUUCCCGAUAUCUUCCACCUUUACAGCAACAAGCCGAUUCCUAGCCUCAAAGGGAGCCAGGUCAUCUACUCGCCCGCUUCGCCGGACCAGAUAAAAUCGGCUAUCCCUUCGGACGUUGCCAAAGAGGCAUUGGGCGCAGCCAUCGAGGCACAUCAACUGCCUCUGGCGAUCGAUAUCAUUUCCACUUCAUAUUGCACGCCAUCCUUCAAGAAGGCGAAAACUUUCAAACAGGCUGCUAUUCCAAUGGCAGGCUUGGGAAUUGCACCUAUUGCGGCCUAUACACUCUCGACGCAAUUCUCCAAUUUGCAGCAAACAAUGGACACCGGGACAGCCACGGGGAUUGCAUUUGCAGGCAUCAUGACUUACGUCGGCGCUGUUGCCAUGACAGGAUAUGUUGCUGUCACCACGUCCAAUGACCAGAUGGACCGCGUAACAUGGGCGAGUGGAGUGCCAUUGUGGGAGCGAUGGGUGAGAGAAGAAGAGAGGGCUGCAAUUGAUCGGCUGGCCGGCGCAUGGGGGUUCAAAGAUCUGGACAAGCGCGGCGAAGAGGAAGGUGAAGAGUGGGAGGCUCUGCGGGACUGGGUGGGCACCAGAGGCAUGGUUCUCGACCGCGUGAGCUUGAUGCCUGGAAUGGAGUAA